AUGGAGCAUUCUCUGAAUCCUUCCACGGGAAAAGCGGUGUCUGGCAGUGCCAAUGAGGAAAGCGGAUGGACUUCUUACUUUGAAGAUUUCUCUAAGGGGAUGGAGCAGCAAAGUUACUGUUCAAGCUUGGGAGGGUCCUCUUUGGUCUCAGAUGCUUCUUCUUCUGCUGCAUGGAAACUCUCACAUCACAAUCACCUUCUCUCCUACCCUCCUGUUAGAGUUAGGGACACAUCAACUAAUGUGUCUAAGAAACUUCGUUUCAAGAAAACAAGAACCCAACAGAUAUCAGAUGAUGAUCCUUUGGAAGACACUGCUAGCUCCCCUGUCAAUAGUCCCAAGGUAGGGGACUUGAAAAUUUCCAGCAAGAUUGAUGAACAACUUGAUGGUUCUACUUCUAGGGGUAAGGGAUUUCACUUAGAGCAUUAUCCAAAGCUUCUGCAGACUGAUGAGUGUGACAUAAAUUUUAAUGCAAACAAUGUUGAGUGCACCACAGACUUGAAGAAAAGGGGUCUAUGCCUUGUUCCUUGGUCCAUGUUGGUUAAUUAUUAUGGGUGA